AUGAGAUCGUCGUCUGGGGUAUUCUCGUCCGCCUCCCCCCCAGAAUCCCUCCUCCGCUGCCGCGCUGUCAGCCGCGCCUGGCACGCAGCCACCUCCACCGGCGACUUUCUCCUCGCCCACCACGUCCACCAGCCCACCGUCCCCCUCCUCCAUAGUCACGACCAUCGUAAUGGCAUCACCAGCUUGUCCCUAGACAUCGUUCCCUUGGAUGACCGGGCAGGGGUCGCCGACACCGGCACCGACCAGUUGAAGUCUGUCGCACGACUCGUAGACCACCGUUUCUUCCGUCCGGUGGCCUCGUGCGACGGCCUCCUGGUCCUCUCCGUCCAUACCAAGUGCUUCGUCAUAUGCAACCUGGCAACACGUCAGCAUGCUUCACUCCCACAGGUUCAUGGCUUCCUUCUCCUGGGGAUCUACCUAAACAACCCUACGGGCGAGUACCGACUAUUGUACUGGGAACAGGAACUAGUGUAUGAUGAUGAAGACGCACUUGAUGGCCAACUGGGAACUCCUGGCUUUCAAGAUGUCUACCACGUCUUGACACUGGGCUCCCCCCAGCCGCCGAGGGAAAUCCACUACGAGUGGCAGAAUGAGGUGAUAUUUGCGAUUGUACCCAUACCUGUCCUGUUUCGUGGUAGCCUGCAUUGGCCCCUAGAGCACCAUGAGGAUGGAAGUACCAUGAUAAUGGUGUUCAACACCACCACCGAGUCGUUCCGGAAGAUGCAGUCUCCGGUUCUUGAUGGCCUGUUUGAGACGGAUGGCAUGCUUGCUAUGUAUUCCGUUGAUGAUGAAGUCACACAUGUCGAUAUUUGGGUGUUGAAGGACUACGAAAACGAGGAAUGGAUCAUCAAGUGCCGGAUUGAAUUGCCCGUUGAAGGGAUCAUGAUGCAGUGCGGAACGCACCACAGCAGUUGGUAUGUGGUGGCCAUGUCUUGGGAUGAGGAUGUGCUAGUCCUGGUCCAGUUUGGCGAGUGGCUACUUCAGAUCGACGUCGGUGGCAAGUUGGUCCGCAGUUUCUACCGUGAAAGCCUUCGUUUUACUCAUCAUCAGCUCAAACAAAGUCUUGUUCCACAUACCUUCUUUCCAAGACUCGAGGAUUAUGUUGUCAAUGACUUGCCUUUCGUCUGA